AUGGGAAGUAUCUCCACCUUAACGAAGGCUUUUGCCAGAUCAGUCGCAUUGCGAUUAUCGUUAAAGUUGCGUCUCAGUAAAAUGACGGGCACAUCACGCGUGAAAAUGGACUUAGGUCACUUGCUGGUUACACUGACGUUAUUUUCCACAGGCUUACAAGCAGCGGCAGCAUCCGAAUGGGGAUAUGAGGGCAGAAAUGGACCCUCGAACUGGCCAGGAAUUUGCGCAACAGGAAAAAAACAAUCGCCGAUCGAUAUUGUAACGAAAAAUGUUAUAAAAAGUGAUAGCGCCGCUCUUAAUUUCAAUCGAUAUAACUUAGCGUUUCCUGCUACGCUGGAUAACAAUGGCCAUUCUGUUCAAAUUAUACUGCAUGGUAUUCCGGUUUAUCUAAGUAGCGGAAAUCUGCAAUCGGAAUAUGUUUUGGAGCAAAUGCAUUUUCACUGGAGCGCUGAGCAUACCGUAGACGGUUUACGUGAUGCUUUAGAAUUGCAUUUAGUACAUUAUGAUAAACAGUACGCGAAUAUCAGCGUAGCCAUGCAACACGAGAACGGAAUUGCCGUUGUCGCGGUUUUAUUUAAGUUGGACAGAUACGAUAAUCCGCAUCUAAAGCCGAUUAUGAGAGCGACUAAAAAGGUGUUAUAUAAAGUGGGAAAGAGCACGGCGAUAAAAGAGGAAUUGACACCUUUAUCGUUCCUACCAAAGAAUCGCAAGACAUAUUAUCAUUAUCAGGGAUCAUUGACUACGCCGGGAUGUCAGGAAUCCGUAAUGUGGUUUGUUCUGACUGAAAAACUUACGGUGUCAAAAGCACAGGUAAACGUAUUUAAACGACUUCGGGGCGACAAUGGCAAGCUGAGCUUCAAUUACAGACCCGUGCAGGAACUUAAUGAUAGAAAAGUAUACCACAAUUUAGAAUGAUUUGCGCGCCGAUGAGAUGGAGUCUUAUUUAAUAAGUUUGAUUUAAUCUAUCCAGAUACAAAUGUUAUACUCAAUUGAUUUUAUUU